CCCCAGAUAUUUAGGGAUUUUAGUUCAGUGUGUUAUCAUAACCUCAAAUGCAAAACAAAAUAAAUUUUUACUAAAAAAACAAAUCUGAGGACGAUUUAAACGGAAUCAUCAUGCUCCCGGGCAUCGGCGUGUUCGGUUCCGGUGCAGAAGUAAGAGUCCUCGUUCCGAUACUGAAAGAGAAUGGUUUUAAAAUCGAAGCAAUUUGGAGCCCCACCAUCCAAGAAGCGCAAGAAAUCUCAAAGGAACUGGGAAUACCAUUCUUUACGAACAAAAUCGACGACGUCCUCCUUCGCAAAGACGUCGAUCUAAUAUUCGUACUCUGCUCCCCUAAUCUACACGCGCAGAUUUCGGUUAAGGCGUUGGGUAUCGGAAAGCACGUCGUGUGCGACAAACCGGCCGGUCUAAAUCAGACGGACGCAUUGAAAAUGGUACGCGCCGGUCAGUACUAUCCCACGCUUAUAUCGCUCAUCAAUCACUCUUAUCGCUUCCUGCCGGCCUUUACGCAUAUGCGACGUGCCAUCCUCGAAAACUACCUGGGCUCGUCUAUUACGUUAAUCGACAUUCGAAUACAGAGCGGGAGAUUGUUUUCCGAUAACGACAGCUACGAUUGGCGGUGCGAUCACGUCAUGGGCGGCGGCGCGCUUAAUCUCAUCGGCAGUCACGUAAUCGAUUUCGUUAGUUUUCUCACCGGACGUAAGGCGGUUCGCGUUCACGGGGUCGUGAGGACGUUUUCAAAGACGACCGACAACAUUUCGGGCAUCCGUUACAUUUCGGCUCCGGACUUUUGUACAUUUCAAAUGGAACUGGAAGGUGGGACCGUCGUAACGGCGAACUUAAACAGUCACACUGCGUCCUGUAGUUUUCAACAGGAGAUUACCGUCUGCGGCGAUCAAACGUAUCUAGUAGUGAGAGGGGGGGAUUUGUUCGGGCGUCGCAACAAGACUAGCGAAGAGGUGCUGUAUUUAGAUGUCGAGGACUUGCAGCUGGCCGUACCGAAUGUAUGCCUGCCGCGUCCGUUAAUAAAAGGUUUGUGUAAAAUGGUGGGGGCGUUACGCGAGGCGUUCUUACCCGUGAAGGAAAACGCAGGAUGGGUCAAGGAGCCCGUUUCUUUGGCGGCAAAUUUUGAAGAUGGUCUGUACGUUCAAGCAGUACUGAGUGCAAUACGUGAAUCCUCGCGCACGUUACAGUGGGUACGUGUCGAUAUUAUGACGGAACAACCCGACACGAACGCUUUGCUUAGUGCUGCAGUUCGGCGGACGGCAAUUGAAAUUGUGUAACUUAAAAUCGUUUUAAUAAAGAACUGUACAUGUUUUAA